UAAAAUGGCGUCCAAACGGCCAAAUUCCAGCCAAAGAGGUUACUUUGAUUUGAUCAAAAGAGGAAAAUCUGCCGCUGCAGGCCAGUCUAAUGAAGAAGAAGAAAACGCCAGCUUUGUUGAUGGUUCGAUAGUGCGUGUGAAGAUGCGAAAUUUUGUGACGUAUGCAGAUUGUGAGUUUAAGCCGGGUCCACAUUUAAAUGUGCUUCUUGGACCAAAUGGGACUGGCAAAUCAUCUAUAGUCUGCGCAAUCUGCCUGGGGCUUGCUGGUUCUACCAAGCUGCUUGGCCGAGCAACAGAGGUAAGAGACUUCAUCAAACAUGGAGCAUCUCAAGCCAUGAUAGAGAUUGAGCUACACAAUUCAAAUGAAAGGAAUCACAUUAUAACCAGAGAAAUGUACAGAAAUGAGAAUAGAUCCAACUGGAAAAUUAAUGGAAAGGGAUCAACAAUGAAAGAGGUUCAAGAGCUGACCAAAAAGUUAAAUGUGCAAGUUGGCAACCUUUGUCAGUUUCUUCCACAGGAUAAAGUGCAAGAAUUUGCAAAGAUGUCUCAGCAGCAGCUUUUGGAGGCCACAGAGAAAGCAGUUGGACCACCCAAAAUGUUUGAUAGCCAUCAAAAGCUCAUUGAACUCAGGAAACAAGAAAAAGAACUAGAGGUUUCCCUCAGAAACGAUAAGGAACAUCUGGAAAAAUUAGAACAGCAAAAUGAACGUCUGGAACAUGAGGUUAAAAGGCAUCAAGAGAGAGAGCGACAUUUACAAAAAGUGCAAAUAUUGGAAAAGAAAAGACCUUGGGCUGAAUAUGAGCAUGCCCGAAAAAAGUUUGUAGAAAUUAAAGGUGAAAAAGAGGGGGUGAAAAGGAGGCUUGAUGAAGUCAGAAAACAAAAUGAACCAAUGCAGAAACGCCUUGAUGAAAUAACAAGAAAAGUGAGACACCUUGAAAACUCCACCAGAGAGUUAAUGGAGAAAGGCAGUGAAGUGUUGAAAAGAGCCAAGUCAAAGAGUGAGCAGAUUGAAAAGAAAGGAGAUAAGAUAGAAGAACUACGCACAGAAUUAAAAGAUCUGAAGGAAGAAGAGAAGAAGAGACAAAAACGAAUGAAUGACUUGGAGAGGGUGAUAGAUGGACUGAGGAAUGAACUAGACAACCUACCAGACCCAUAUCAUUUGCAGCCUCGUAUUGAUGAAAUCAAUGUUGAAGCUCGACAAAAGAACCGUGAAGUGGUGACCAUGCAAGGGCAAGCUCGUAGCAUCAGAGAUGAGGCAGAUAGCUUGAAGGCUCAGGUUCAAGACAUAAGGAGCAGAAUUUCUGAACUUGAAGACAUGAAGAAUCGUCGAUUGGAGCAUUUGCGGAAUAGAUAUAAAGAUACUUAUAAUGCUGUACUUUGGUUGCGGGCAAAUCAACACAAGUUUCAUGCUCCUAUCCAUGAACCAAUUCUUCUUCAGGUUGAAAUGAAAGAUGUGAAGAAUGCUAAAUUUAUUGAAAGUGUUAUCAACCAGAAUGAUCUCCGAGCUUUUGUAUGCAGCAACAGAGAUGACUUAAGACUAUUCCUAGAUGAGGUGCGUGACAAACAAGGGCUUAGGGUCAAUGGGGUUGCACCACCAGAAGAGGCUUUGGAAAGCUUCAUGUCAUCACGAUCUUUAAAGGAUUUAGGGAAGUGGGGUUUUCACUGUUAUCUGAAAGACUUGUUUACUGCUCCUGAUGAAGUGAUGCGAUAUCUGUGUCAUCAAUAUCGUCUUCAUGAAAUUCCUCUAGGGAAUGAUUGGACAACCAAGAAUGCAGAUAAGGUGAUCAGCGAAUCAGGUGUUACAAGUUUUUACACCUUAACUUCAAGGUACACUGUGAAGCGGUCCUUAUAUGGCAAUCGGGAGAGAUCAACUGUAGUUGAUCAUGUAAGAGAUGCCAGGUUGUUUAACAUUGCUGUUGAUGCAGAGAAGAAAAGACAACUUGAAUUGGAACAACAGGAUGUCAGCCACCAAGUGCAGCAAAAAAAUGAAGAGUAUGAAAGCUUAAGUGAGAGAGAGAACAGCUUACAUAAGGAACUGGAAAGUCUGAGAAAUAAGAAGAAAGAAUUAACUUCACAAACACAAAGGAGAAGAAAUUUAGAGAACCAGCUGGGAGCCAAGCAAAAGAACCUGGAAACAAUGCAGAAAGCAACACCAGACUUAGAAGGAAAGGCAGAAACAAUUCAGCAACAGAUUGUGAGGAUUAAUCACCAGAGAGCACAACUUGCUAUGGAAUAUAAAGAUUUUGUCCAUGAAUGCACCACAGUUUCCAAAGAGAAACUGGUACAGAGUCUUCAACAGGUGCAAACCACUGUUGAGAAAUCCAAAGUGGAAGAGAUGUUCAGGGAAUCAUCACAACAGCUGAACAUGCUUGAGGGAGAAUAUCUCAGAAUAAACAACACCUUAGAUGUGCAAAAGAAAUUGGCUAAAGACCUGAAAAAGGUUGCUCAUGAGAAAACUGGAAUUCCUGAUGGAGCAGAUAUACCUGAUAAACUUAAAGAGGCAUUUAAGCUGUAUCCUGAUACACUAGAAGAAAUAGAUGAGAUGAUCCAUGAUGAGAAAGCUAGAAUUGAAUGCCAAUACCAGAGCAACCCACAGGUGAUUAAAGAUUAUGAAAGGCGUAAAAAGGAAAUAAAUGUGCUCAGUGGGAAGGUUCAGGCACAAGAAACAGACCUAGAGACUGAGCAAAGAGAAAUAACAAGUCUUAAAGAAAGUUGGCUGACACCUUUGCAAGAACUAGUUUCACAAAUUAAUGAAAAGUUUGGGGAGUUUUUUAGAAUGAUGGGCUGUGCAGGAGAAGUUGCUCUUUCAACAGAACAGGGUGAAAACAACUUUGAUAAAUAUGGUAUCCAGAUUAAGGUGAAAUUCCGUGCAAAGGACAGUCUCCAUGUUCUGACUCCAUUCCAUCAGAGUGGUGGAGAGAGAAGUGUAUCAACCAUGUUAUAUUUAAUGGCCCUACAAGAACUUACUAAAUGUCCCUUCAGGGUGGUGGAUGAAAUAAACCAGGGCAUGGAUCCUAACAAUGAGAGGAGAGUUUUUGAACUUGUGGUUGAGACAGCUUGUCGACCUUAUACCUCUCAGUAUUUCUUAAUAACUCCCAAGCUACUUCCAGACUUGACAUAUAAAGAAAAGAUGACUAUCCUCUGUGUUUUCAAUGGUCACUAUAUGGUGCCACAUACUGAUUGGAAUAUUGGGAAAUUUAUUCAAAGGAAAAAAGCACUACAAAGUCAAACCUAGAUAUCUUUGUGUUGGGUUUGAUGUAGGGCCAAUGAAGAUACACCAUUCUGCUGUUGACUUUUCAGAGAAUUGAUAUUCACAUUGUUGCAAUUUAUCAUAGAUGUAGCUUGAAAUUAUUUGUUUUUGUUAUUAUGAAAGAAUAAUUGAUGCCAAAAUCAGAGAUGGUUAAAGGUUACAAAAUUGUAUUGGGUAAUGAACCUGCCAGAAAGUGCAAGUGGUUACGCAGAAACUCUCCUUUCCUUUAUUUGCAUAUAAAUACACAUUUUUUUUGUCAUUCUUAAUGUUAGUUUAGCUUUCAUGUUUUCCACAGGAAGGAACCAAAACAAAGAAAUUAAAGAGUAUUCUGGUGCAUUGUUGCUGUAAAGGAGUCAGCAAAUGUAUCUUGCAGCGUUAGUUACUCACUUUGCUAUGAGGUGCAAGUUAAAUAGUACCUAUGAAUAAAGUGUUGGAAAUUUA